AUGCCUCAGGCGCUAAUUGAACGGUGCACUAAUCAGGUGCCACUUGGACGACAGACGAAUCGGACGCCGGUUCGAUGGCAAAGAAAUCAGGCUCCAGCUGGACGGCAGAUGCUUCAGAACGAGCUCCAUCCAUUGCAGUUAUCAAGCACAACAGUAAAAAAGCCAUUAACGGAUCAAGCAAAUUUUGAUAAGCUGGUGAAGCUGUCCACGAAGAGGGAUGAACACGUUAAAGACGCAGCAGCAGGUGAUGCGAUUUUGCUGUAUUUCGUUUCGAUAACAAAAAAAAAGCUCAGAUGCGUUCGCUAUAAUCUGAAUAAAGCAUGA